GCGACUGAGGUGUUGUGUUGCUGGAUGUAAUAAUGAAUGUAGUGGUCGUCAUUUACUCACGACAUCUGAGCCGCUGAAGAUGCAGUGAAUUACGUUUGUUUGUGAAGGGAAUGUUCACGCAAAUCAUUCGUGAUCCAGCUUCACUUACAGCAGAAGCAAUGGCGCAGACGGGCUUUGGGCGAAGAUACUUCAAAGCUUUUGUUAGUGGCUUCUUUGUAGCUGUCCCUGUGACAGUGACUGUUUUGGACCGGCUUGCCUAUGUGGCACGUGUGGAAGGUGCCUCGAUGCAGCCGUCCUUAAACCCAGCCGGAGAGACCUCACCUGACGUUGUGCUGCUCAACCGCUGGAGUGUGAGGAACUACCAAGUACAGCGAGGGGACAUCGUGUCAGUUCUAAGCCCGAAGGACCCUCGACAGAAGAUCAUCAAACGGGUCAUUGGGAUCGAAGGUGACUUCAUCAAAACGCUGGGAUAUAAAAACCGUUAUGUAAGAGUUCCAGAUGGACAUCUGUGGAUCGAGGGGGACCAUCACGGACACAGUUUCGACAGCAACACAUUUGGACCGGUUUCUCUCGGUCUUGUUCAUGGUCGGGCGUCUCACAUCAUCUGGCCGCCCAGUCGGUGGCAGCGGAUCGAGCCGUCUGUCCCUCCAGAACGAAGACCACUUUUAAAUUGGAAUGGAGCAAAGGAAGACGGAUAUGAUGACUGAACUGAAGGACAAUUAUACAACCAUGUCAACCCUCAUGUACAGUAAAUGUAUAUCACAUACUACAGUAUGAACUAUAGAAAUGUUCUUGCUGAAACUACUGUAUGUGGGCCAAAUCAGAGCCCAAGAAAGACUUUCCAGUUUUUAGCCACAGUUUUGGCGAUUAUUGUCAGCUGUAUAUAUUCUUGAUCCUUUUGUCAGGUCCAUAUCAAUUCAGUGAUCAGGUAUUAUACUCUUAGUUUUUAAUAAUAAAACACCUUGUCAUACA